AAAAAAAUCUCCGAAAUGUUUACAAAAAUCGUGUUUCUAACGUUUGAAUAACUCACAAAAGAAAACAUUUUUUUUUCUUUUUUUACUAUAUUGACACCAUUGACACGAAUCGGAAAAUGACACUUCUGUUUAUUUUUCUGAUUUUUUAAAUCAUCAAGUGUGUUUUUUGUCACAUAACCUCAAAAGAAAAGAAAAAAAAUAAGGGAAAAAAUGGGUAAAUUUUUUGAAAUAACACGGAAACUAUCGAAUCAAAUGAGAUCACGUAGAAGAGUCGUUAUCACUGGAAUGGGCAUUGUCUCUCCUCUUGGUUGUGGGAUCGAGACAUCAUGGAAAUCAUUACUUGCCGGUAAAUCCGGUGUUGUAAAACUCGAGGGUCCAGAUUACGAGAAACUUCCAUGCAAAAUUGGUGCCAUCGUUCCAAAGGGUGAUAAACCCGGUGAAUUAAAUUUAGAGGCGAAAUUUACAAAAAGUGAACUACGAACAAUGUGUAGAGCGACGGCGUACGCAUUAAUUGCAGCUGAAGAGGCAUUAAUUGAUGCAAAUUGGCGACCUGACAAUGAAAAUGAUCGACAAGAUACAGGCGUUGCCGUUGGCGUUGGAAUGAUUGAUCUCGUUGAUGUUUGUACAAUGUAUGAGACAUUGAAAAACAGUUACAGUAAAGUUAGUCCAUAUUUUGUGCCAAGAAUAUUGCCAAAUAUGGCAGCUGGUCAAAUUAGCAUAAAAUAUGGAUUUCGCGGGCCAAAUCAUUGCGUUUCAACGGCAUGUGCAACUGGUGCUCAUUCCAUCGGUGACGCUUUUCGUUUUGUACGAGGUGGCGAGACAAAUGUGAUGCUCUGCGGUGGUGCCGAAUCAUGUAUUUCACCAUUGGCAAUUGCAGCAUUCUGCCGUCUACGUGCCCUAAGUACGUCACGUAAUGAUUUUCCACACGAGGCAUCAAGACCAUUCGAUCGUAGCCGUGAUGGUUUCGUCAUGGGCGAAGGUUCAUCAAUCCUCGUCAUUGAGGAACUAAAUCACGCUCUUCAAAGAAAUGCCAAAAUUUACGGCGAAAUUUUAGGUUAUGGUCUCUCAGGUGAUGCGGCCCACUUGACAGCGCCUAGUGAAGAUGGCAGUGGCGCCUUAUUGGCAAUGGAUAGAGCACUAAAAGACGCUGGUUGUGAGAAAACAGAUGUGACAUAUGUCAAUGCACACGCUACAUCAACGCCACUGGGCGAUACAAUUGAAUUGCGCUCAAUUGAAGCACUAUUUGGCGAGCAUACAUCCAAUGUCUUUGUCUCAAGUACAAAAGGUGCGCACGGUCAUUUAUUGGGUGCCGCGGGUAAUUUAGAGGCUGCCUUCACAAUUUUAGCGUUAAAAGAGGGAAUUAUACCGCCUACAAUAAAUUUACACGAUUUAGACGCUGAGAGUACGCCAUUGAAUUUUGUGCCUAAUGUUCCUAAGGAGUGGCCAAUCACCGAGAGGAGGAUCGCUUUAAAAAAUGCCUUUGGCUUCGGCGGUACAAACGCCUGUCUCUGCUUAGCAGAAUUCCGCGAAUGAAGGCUUUGUAGGUUAUGUUCGAUAAUAAGUAAACUUUACUUUUUCUUAUAAAGAAAAAUCGGAGUUUACUUCUAGUUUACACUAUGUGUAUAUGUAUAUUGUAAAAUAGGAAAAAAAUGUUACUUGUAAAAUAUUUUUUAUGUACCAUGUUAUAUUGUAAAUAAAAUACUGCAAUAUUUUUAUUAUAA